GAUCGUUGAAACGGUUACAUAUAUAUUUAGAAACUUGGUUAUUUUUGAAGAAUUUUUAAUGUAGUAAAAUGUCGACUGAAAUAAUAAAUAAUAAAAGUAAUUCUAUUAUAAAUGAAGAUGUAUCAUCCCAAAUGAAAGAAGAACUUAAGGAAAGAGCUGAAAGAAACAGACAAAAGGCAUUGUUGUUAAAAAAUUCGAAACUUGUAGCUCAUCCAUAUGCAAAAGGUGAGAAUGAUGAGUCAUCCAAAGGUAGAGCAAUAAAGCUUCAAGGAAAACGUGUUGUUGAUAGUGGUGGUGGAUUUCUUAUAGAAGAAAAUGAUGAAUUAGAACAACAAAUGGUGAAAAUCGUAACGGAACCCGCACCCUUCAUCAGUUUAUUACCUCGUUGUAAUGAUUGUAAUAAAGAAUUUAAAGAUUCUUAUCUUCUUCAGACUUUUGAUCUAGAAGUAUGUGACGCAUGCAGAGAUAGCAAGGACAAACAUUCUCUAAUUACCAAAUCAGAAGCUAAACAAGAAUAUUUAUUAAGAGAUUACGAUUUCGAUAAAAGAGAGCCAGCAUUAAAGUAUAUUGUUAGAAAAAAUCCUCAUAAUCCACGUUGGGGUGAAAUGAAAUUAUAUUUACAUUUACAAAUAGAACAAAGAGCAUUAGAGGUUUGGGGCUCAGAAGAGAAAUUGUUAGAAGAAAAAGAAAAGCGUGAUUUGAAGAGAGAAGAAACCAAAAUAAAACAUUUUAAUAAAAAGAUUAAAAGACUGAGAAUGCAAGUAAGAAGCUCUCUCUACAAUAAAACGACAAAGGCCGAUCACGUUCAUGAAUUUGGAGAGGAAACUUAUAAUGAGACUGAUGAUACAUAUUCCCAUACAUGUUUAUCAUGUGGAUAUGAUGAAACAUAUGAAAAAAUGUAAUGUAUUUCUUCUAGAUAUUACUUUUAUUUUUAUUAUUAGGCUAUCGUACUAUUAUUUAUAUUACAUUAAAAAAUAUGGUAAAGGAACCGAAAAUAACUUGGUAUUAAAGACAUUUUCACAAAAAACUAGUUCUAGUAUCAUUUGUUCUGAAAUGAGGAAAUUAUAAAUAUAAAUAAAUAAAAUCACAGAACAUUAUUA